GAGAAUCAGUCAGCGAGGUGAGUCGCAACAAAAGGUAAAGAGCAAUCUCUAUAAAGUGAAAGCGACGAUUACUAAGCGUUACACAUCGCGAGACAGCGAUCGGAUUUCCUUGUCGAAUAUACACCCCCCUUUUGUCAGCUGAGGACGCUUUUUUCUGACACGCACAAUUGUCAAACGACUCAUCGGGCGAACGUAAAAUUCCUUAUCGAAACUUGUGAGCAGGAUGGCGGCGAAUGAUUCCCUUUGCCGGGAAUCCCUGAUAUCGGUGGAGUUCGAAGUUUUCGGGAAAGUGCAAGGUGUGUAUUUUCCAAAGUAUGUGAGAGAUAUAUGCCUGCAACUGGGAAUUUGCGGUUGGGUGAAAAACAGUAAAGUUGGCACGAUUCUUGGAAAAAUGCAAGGACCUGAGGCGCUUGUCGAUCAGAUGGCACAAUGGCUAACUUCGGUAGGGAGUCCGGGUAGUGAGAUACAUCGGUGCGAAUUCACGAGCCGGGAGACUAUCGUAAAACGGCAGUAUCAAGGCUUUGCGAUCCGCUUCUAAAAAUAUGGACGCCAAUGUCUGACACUUACCCAUCCACGAGAUAGCCUGCGUGGAGCUAACUGUCGUACCAUCGCUGGUUUCUCGAUGAAUAAACUCCAUCGACGCUGUGAUUACUUUGCACAAAAAUUCUGUACGCGUAGUGUCCCUUUUGUCAUCUCGAU